AUGACAGCUGACUCAACCUCCUCAUAUAUAAUUCCACCUUAUCUACUCGAUACAUGCAUUGGGCCACUAUUACAACAACAAGUGGCUGAAUUUAGCAAGGAGUUGAGCAUUGAGAACGUCAUUGAUCCCAGCUCCCCAUUCUACUCCAAUGUUCCGGAAAGUUCCAACAUAUCUCUGCUCUCAACAACAUCAUCAACAACAACAACAUCACUAUCAUCAUCAUCAUCAUUAGCGCCAACGACAAUGAGAGUACAAAAGAACGAGCUUUUAUUUCACACUGAUCCACUUGUUAAUGAGACGAUAAAAGAGAAAUUGAUAAACAAGUUAUCAAUCAUUGGAGUACUCGGCAACAAUCCUAUGGAAUUCAAUAGAUUUGAUGAUAAAUACCUUUUGGAGAUGUAUGAGAUUUUCAAGCCUAGGAUAUUAGUGAUUGAUUCCGAAUUAGAAGAGGAGGAAAUCCAAAAGGAUCCCAUAGAUGGAAAACCAGUUCAAGUACCUCGGUCUGUUUUUGCCUCUGAACAAAUUGGCGAGAUUAACUAUAAAGGCAUACAUAGAGGACCAGAAAAAAAAGUAGCAACUACAAAAGAAGAAAGAAAUCACAUUUAUAAUGAUACGUCUUAUUAUGCCAACGAAUUAAAGUCAAAACCUUUGAAAGUGCUACUUAAUAGGAAUGAAGCUUCAAAACCGCUGCUGGUAAAUGAAAAGAUUUUGGCUACAUCUGACGGUUCAAGAUAUUUGACAUAUCAAUUGCCUACAAAAUGGUCACCUCUCAUACCCAACCCUUACCUCAACUAUCUAAAGAUGAAAUACCAUUUGCAAGUGACUAAUGAAAAUGGGUUUGCCACAAUCAAGUUGAAAAGAAAAGGAGUUAACGGGAAUAAAGAAACUCCAGAAGCGAAGGGAGGGGCUGAUUUUGUGGAUGAUAAACACAUAAAUGACAGCUGGUAUUACAAUUUUAUAUCGGAUGCACCAGUAAAAUCCACCCAAGGGGUUUUUUACUACGAAAUAGAAGUGGAAAAUGUUCUGACGCAAGCUACUAAUUUCCAAUCAAUAAUUCAUACAAUUGAUCCUUCCAUGAGUAUAAACUCGUCACUAGAUUUGUUUACAGGGUUUACGAAAAGGCAUAUUAUUUAUGAUUCCAAUAAGGCCGUUUCAGUAGCAAAUGACAAGCACGUUAAGAAUAUGGACUUGGAGAAGGUCAAACAUAAUGUCUUGUAUGAUAUUGCAACUGAGGGGUUUAGUGUUGACGAGUUAAAUUUGCUUCUUGGAAAUAAACCAGGUGAAUUAAAAGGCACGUUUGCCAUUAAUUUUGAGGAUUCAAAGUUUUACAAUUCAAUGAAAAUUUCCGAUUCCUUACUGAGAUCUCAUAUGAUGAAUAUGAAUAGGAGACUAAGCUCUACAGGACGAGCAAAUCAGAAUGUCGAUUUGGACGAAGGUAAAAUGUUUUUGGGAACAGAAGUUAAGACCGAGGUUUUUGAAAAUUCUUCAACAUCGAGCAAGAUCCAAAAGUCCGAUGUUGUGGGAUGUGGAAUCAAUUUUGUGGAUAAAUCGGUUUUCUUUACCUUGAAUGGUGUUUUGGCAAAGGUCAUUACAGAGAAGGAAUUGGUAUCAAGUACCUCACCUGUGAAUGAUUUGUUUCAUACUAAAGAGCCACACUCGUCAUAUCCUAUCGAAAUAUACCCAAUAAUUGGUUUCCAGUUAAAUAAAUUGAAUGAACUUGACAAUUUGGGAAUAAGCGACGCAAGUACUAGCAAAGUGAUUACUAAUUUGGGGUUUAAAGAGUUCAAAUUUGAUAUCAAAGAUUACAUCAAUAAAGUUAAGCUUCAAAACCAAGUGGAUAUUCACUUAUCACAACUUGAGAAGAUGAGACAGAAAAACUUCAAUGGACAGGAAAACGCAGAUUUAGAUUGUGCAGUAGAAGACGCUCUAUUGGGAGGCACUAGCAAUUCAGAUGUCUUGAACAAGAUGAUUAAAGAGUAUUUAGUGUAUCGAGGCCACACAGAAACCUUGAGUGCGUUUGAAAGUGAUUUAAAUGCCACUUCUUCAAUACCCCUUUUAAAGGAAUCGACUCAGCAAAACUCAACAGAUGAAAAGGAGGAUUUAUUCAACAAGACCAAUGGCAGCGAAAGAAUACUUUAUAAGAAUCUUAUUUUCAAAAACAAGUUUACUCAAGUAUAUGAAUUACUAAUAGCCAACAAUGGUGAGUUAAAGCUCGACAAUUCUGCACAAGAACUCAAGUUCAAUUUAUGCAAACUUGAUUAUUUGUAUAAAUUAAGAAAGUUUAUUACUGCAAAAUUAACCACUGAGAAAUCAUGGGAAAAGAUACCAACAACGGCAAACAAUCAAAAUCACGAAAACCAAGAUAGAAUGCAAACUUUUUACGACGAAGCUGUGAGUUGCAGAAACAACAUUUUAAACGAGUUUUCAAAUGACUAUUACAGAGCGAUUAUUGAUGAGCUCACUCCACUUCUAUUUGUGCAACUGCAAGCUGGACUUGACAGAUUGCCAAGAACUAAGAAAUUAUUGGAUGACUUUGAAAGUCAACGCAACGAGAUGUUUGAUUUAAUAAAUGAGAUACUAUUACGUAACGCUGGUUCAAAGAGGAAAUCUUGUCUCGAACAAAUAUUUGAAGGUGUUGAGGUCAAUAUCAAUGAUCAGGCACGUGGUUUUGGUGAUGGUCGUUUCACAUUAGUGAAUUUAGAUAGAGAUUAUUAUAACGAGAUUUAG